AUGUCCGUCGCCUCGAAGAACCCUUUCGAUGCCCUCGGUAACGAUAUCGAAGGAGAUGAAGCGCCGUCCGGCCCUGUGAAGACGGUCGAGAAGACCACUAUGCGUAGUACCAAGCGCAACGUCGAGCCCCAAGCCCCCGUCAAACCCGCUACCAACACCGGAGCUCGUCGUGCUGGUCCUGGAGGCAACGAGGGAGCCUUCCGUGACCGCAGUGCCGGUACAGCUAACAAUCAGCGCAAGCCCACAGAUGAAGCUCCCCGAGGUGGUCCCCGAGGCGGUCGCGAUGCCCGUGGACGAGGAGGCCGUGGCGGUCGAUUCUCCCGCGACCGUGACGACAGACAUCCCAAGAAUAUUCCAAGUGGUUCUGAGAAGCAAGCUGCCCUAGCAUGGGGCGCUACAGAAGGCAAUGCCGAGCAGAAGGAUGAGCAGGCCGGAGAGGAGAUUGCUCAGUCGGAAUUGAAGGAAUCAACCGCUGAGGAUGCCCAGGAGCCAGCUACUCCGGCCGAGCCCGAGGAUAAGCACGUCUCUUAUGCCGACUACCUUGCUCAGCAAGCUGAGAAGAAGGCCGCCCUCGGCGAGUCUUUGGAGAUCCGCAAGCCCAACGAAGGCACUAAGGCCGACAAGAAGUGGGCCAGCGCUAAGGCCCUCGUCAAGGAGGACGACGACGAUUACGUCCCUGGCGCCGGCGGUAAGGUCAAGCGCGAGCGUGAGCGCAAGGCCAAGCAGCUUCUCGAUAUUGACCAGCGAUACGUUGAGCCCGAGCGUACCCGAGGUGGUCGUGGCGGACGUGGUGGCAACCGUGGAGAUGCUCCCAGGGGUGAGGGUCGUGGUCGCGGAGGUGGCCGUGGCCGUGGUGGACCCCGAGGCGAGCCCCGAGGUGAGCCCCGAGGUGACUUCCGUGGCGGACGCGGUGGCGCUCGCGAGAAUGCCUCAUUCGCCCUCAACUCGGACGCCUUUCCCAGCCUGGGCGCUUAA